AUGCAAGACUACGUAGUAGGCUUCCGGAUUUUUGAAGGAAGAAGCUUGCAAUCACAAGACGGAGCGCCUUGUGAUCCUUUUGUUCUCAUUGAAUGCUGUGGGUAUUCGUACCAGACAGAAACGCUGGAGCGUCGCAGUUCUCUUUGUCCUUGGAAUGAGCAUUGUACUUGGCCGAGAAUUGGACUUUAUCCGAAGGAGUUCGAGUCAUCUUUCAUUGAGUUCAAAGUAUACGCAAGGAACUGGUUCACGCGAAACUUCCUCAUUGGAAAAGCAUCUCUGCAGCUGUCGUUCGUGAACAAGCGCCAGCAUCAUCUGUAUGCUCGUCGAUGGCUUCCACUGCGGCGAGACGACAGUCCUGCGGUAACCGGCACCAUCAACGUGACCAUCUUCGUCCUAAAGCCUUUUGAGCUUGCUCCAAGUUUGUCACUUCAGACUUCAGAGCAAGUCGAAGCCGGCGAGGAAGCAGCCGCAAGCCAGGCGGACCACGAGGGCCUGGAAAGUGCAGUGUUGACACAGUCCGUCGAUGCCCAAGCAGGACGCGCGCACUACGUACGCUUGAACAUGUUCCGUGUGGAGGAAUUGCAGGACAAUGCUGGAGCACCGAGUCCCUACGUCACAGUUGAGUUCGCCGGCUGCCUGGUGAAGACUUCGACAGGCAAGCAGGUGCGACAGUACACGUUCAACGAGUGCCUUCAAAUUCCAGUCGUCACUCCAGUUUAUGAGGACACCAUCAUUCUCAAGCUAUGGAGUUGCAAUUGGUUCUCGCCGGAUGAGCUUUUGGCCCAGGGGCUUCUUUCUUUCAGUGAACUGCGAAGUCAUGCUUUGCCACCGCGGUGGUUCAACUUGUACGGUUGGGAUGCAGACGAGCUCGCAGAGUUGCAGCUGUCAAGCGGUGGAGACAAGGAGCCAGAGGCACAUGUUUUCAAAGGGCGUCUGCUCGUGUCUGGAUCCGUUGAGCCAUUGGACGCCGACGAGGAGCUACAGCCUCAGAAGUCAUUGCCUGCUAGAUUUGAGCUGGAACCAGCCAUGGUACAGCUGUCCAUCAUGGCGGAUGUAUACAUGGUUACUGGGGCAGAAGCUCGGCAGUGCCAAGUUGAAGUCAGCUUUGGCUCCGUGAAAGGAUCUACGAAGUGGGUUUCCUAUGAUGCUGCUCCUAUGGACGAUCCGUCUGAAGGGACCGAUACAUUCGCUGAUGAAAAAGAUGAAGGAGAGACCUUGGGCUUCAAAACAUUUUCCUUCAACGAGAAGUCCGGCCGGGUCGAGACAUUGGUCGCCAUGACUGCAGAAGCAGAAGACUCGCAGCCAUCAGUCACCAUCAGCCUGUACACGUCAGGAUAUCUGCAGAGUUCGAGACGAGUUGCAUUCGCGAACGUCCGCAUUACAGAUUUCUUUCGAGGAAGCCCUUCAGAAGCCGUGAAGCCUGUGUCGAUACCUUUGCACCCGCUGUUGAACAGCAACGCAGGUGCAUCUGCUUCGGUAUUAGUUUCCCUGCGGUCCACUUUCCAAAAUGCUGACUCGCGAAGUUUGAGAAAGCCUGUGAAACCGAUGGUUUACCUCCUGCGAGCUUACUGUUUCACUGCGCGGCAGAUUCAACAUUCUUCUAUCCGCCGUGACAUUAUGGCGGGCAAGUUCGGCGUCACCGUUGCCUGCACGGGGAUGUCCAGAAGGACGGAGGCCAUUGCGGGUCCGAGACCGAUGUGGAUGCAGGCUGUCGAACUGAAGAUUCUGCUCUGCUCCGACUCGACACGGGAGCCACCUGCAACAGAACCGAUCUCGGUUUCACUGUGGCAGGAAGGCCAGGUGAGAAACCUGGAGCUUGGGAAGGCAGUCUGUGUCUAUUCGCACAUGCGUCGCAAGGAUGACGCGGGAAGGUGGGAGCCUUACAUCUUGAAGCCACAGUGGAUCAAGCUGUUUGGAGAUCAAAACGGUUCGCGGUGUGUGGGGGAAAUGCUAGUAGCGUUUGAGCUGCUUCUUUACAAACACCGCCAUGAGCCGUCUCUGGGUCCCCGGGACAUGUGGCCGCAUCCCUCGGAGAGCUUUGACGAGAGGCAUCACAUUUGCCGUUUGAGGAGAGCUACGAUCCACUUUUCUCUCCGUGGCCUGCGUGACAUUUUGCCUUUGCCGCGUGUUGAGUCUUUGGGUUCAGCUGCAGGCACUGUGCAUGCUUCUCGGCCCGUCGUGACCGUUGAGGUCGGCUCAUUCUCAUCUCCUUUAUCCAAGGCUGCAUCCCCAAAGCCCGGGAAGCAGCAUGCCAAGGACAAAAUCGAAUUCAAGUUUUCCGAGGUCGCCGCUACUAUGGAGAGGGCCAAACGGUUGAAGCCUUGGACCACCAAGAUCAUGGCGUUGAACACGGAGGGCAAGAACUUUGACUUCUGUACAGCUGGCAAGUUGCAGUGUCUCCUUCCGGAGAAAGCGCCCUUCGAGCCUUACCUUGUCAUUCAUGUCUAUGAGCCGCCAUCAUCCGUUGGAGCUUCGGUUGGCUAUGAGUCGUAUCACAUCGGUGACGUGUUGGUCAGCCUGCAAGACAGGCGGCCCUGUUGCUGGCUGGAUGGUGUUAGCUUGUCGAAACCCUAUGAUGCCCAGCAGGAUCGCAUAACAAAACUCCUUCGGGAGGCGCGCCAGCAACUUGCAGCGAAGGACAAGUUCCAGCAGCAAAGCCUUGACGACUUGCGCAAGGGCAUUGAGGAAUGGAGACAGCAGGUGCACAAGGGAUUAAAGACGGAGGUUCGGGACGAAGUUCAGGAGGCUGGUUUCAUAGAUCCCGCUGGAGUGCCACAACCUCUGAAAUCAUCCCUUGCUGUGAAACGGCCGGUUCCUGCUAUACCUUGCCAAUCCUUGAAUAUGCGGAAGGAGAUUAGCUUUUCACCGCGGCAGGGCGCCAGAGUCAAGGAAGCCGGUUCACGGAAGUCUGUGAGCGGAAGCUUGGAAAACUCGGCUCCCUUCGACUCUUGCUUUUGGUACAGGUCCAUGUGCCUGAGCAAGAACCAAGACACAGUGAAUUUUCGAGAAAGCUCCUCUUGGAGCUUUACAACCGGCGAGGUGUUUGGAUUUGUCAAGUGUGCGUUUAAGGUGGUGGAUGGAUGGGAGUCGACUCCUGAAGAUGACGUCGAAGAGGUUGACGAGGGUGAUGAAAACGACGAUGCCGAAGAGGGAGACGGCCUUGGAUUGGACGAGGUCGUGCUGACGAAGGCAGAGAAGCAACCUGCUGAGAUACAGGGCGAAGAUAUCAUGAAAUUGAAAACAAGUUACGGGCAUGACCACACCCUGGAUGAGUUUGCCUUUUCUGAAGACACAUUGUUCAAGAAGUUUCACGACGGGGAAUCUGUGCCACCAAGAAUUCGCGUUCGCCUGUAUUUCGUAAAGGCAGUCUGCAUCCACUACAGCAGCACGGGUCUUGCAGAUCCGUACAUUGAAGUGAGCCUUGGGCGGGAACACGUGAUAUCAAUGCGAAACAUGGCGCAGAUGCAGACAAAUACCCCUGACUUCCACCGUAUCGAAGCCAGAGACGUCUCGCUUCCAGAAGACUGGCGACUGGAGGUGACCAUCAAAUCCCUGGAAGAGCUUGCUCUGCAGGAUUCGGUCAUUGGCGGCACUGUCAUAGAUCUGGAAGAUCGAUGGCAUUCAAGUUUGUGGCAAAGUGGCAACAGGAAGCAAAUGCUGCCGACGGAGAAUCGCUCCCUCCACAGCCCAGAAUUUCCGGGCAGAAAUCGGGGAAGCCUGGAGAUGUGGGUGGAGAUGAUUGAAUCAUCUGAUGCUGCUGCCGUCAAGCCAUCGACUCUCAGCAAGCCACCCACAACCGAGCUGGAAGUCCGAUUGGUUAUUUGGACGGCGAGUGGUGUGAAGCUGAUGAGUGGUGAUUCCACAAAUGUGCAAAUACACACACAGCUGGACUGCAAAGAAUAUGGUGGUGAAUAUGAUGCUUUGCAACAGACUGACGUCCAUUUCAACUCUGUGGAUGGCAAAGCCGUCUUCAACUGGCGAAUGGUCUACCCACGUAUCAAGAUGCCUUCCUGGUCUUGUACCAUGACCGUCAGCUUGCAUCAUCAUGAGCUGAUGGGAGACACGUUUCUCGGAAGCUUCGACCUCGACCUGGGCAAGUACUUGGAAAGGGUUGCGCGAGACUCCGACGCUCUGACGAUCGGUCCAAGCGACAUUACCUUUUACGAUGGCGAGCAGGAAGAUGUGGGCUCUGUGAACAUGACGAUGUAUGUCCUUACGCAAGCAGAGGCGCAGGGUCGACGAGUCGGCAUUGCUCGAGAAGAACCGAACGAAGACCCACAGCUGCUGACGCCCACCGAAGGCAGAGAUUGGGGCACUUAUUUGUCAGCCUUGGGCUUAGCAUGGCCAGACUUUGGGCUCUGGAAGAAGUUCAUUCCCGUGUUCGUUGCCAUGAUCGUCUUCCUGGUUCUUGUGAUCAUACUUCGGCAAAUUGGACUCUUUUGA